CGUGACACUUCUGUCAGUCUGUCAAAAACACUCAAAAAUUAGAUUUUUCCAAAUGCUCUAAAAACCUAUGAUCUCUGUUUACAAACUGUUGAUAAACUAAUACGAACUAAAAGAUGCUUAAAUUAAGUGGGAGUGUAAUUUGGAGGUUAGGAAGUCGAGCGACCCUGAGGCAGUACUCCAGUGUCGGAGCCACAGUCGUGAAGACUGACAAGCUGGAAGUUGACGGGAGUUUACCUAAUAAAAAUGCCCAAAGCGCAGAACACGAUAAGGACAAGUCAGGUUUGGUAGCGGCUGCAUUUGCCACUUUAAAUUCUCCAGAGACAGAUGAACCAAAGCGGCCUAGCCCCAAGUCAGUGAAGCAGAGUCGCACACAGCAGAUGGACAUGCAGAUUGUUAAGGCUAUGGACAUUAAUGGCUUGUUGGCUGUGGCGGAGAACCCUGUUGUAUCAAGGAGGCAUGCUUUGAAGAUGGUAUCAAUCCUAUCAGACUGGUCCACCUCCAACAAAGUGAAGAUCACAGACUUUGAGAAGGAUCCUCGCUUCCUAAAACUGUGUCGGAUCCUGGCACGCACCAGCACCACUCAAGCUAUGAGCUCUCUGACCAUGGCCGAAGAUCUGAGCACUGUGCUGGGCAUCACGGGGGAUGAUGAGGCGGCUAGAUUGAUUGCUAAUCUCACGCUGCCGCAGAUGGUUAAGGUGAUGCGAGCACUUCAUCAAAAAGGCCGCCGCAGCACGCCCCUGCUCCGAGCGUUAUCGUACAACAUAACCCGACAGGCCGACACCAUAGACCUCAAGAAAUCUGCUGACCUGUUGUUCUCUAUGGCCACACUCAACUUUCCCGAUCCAUUAUUAUUGGAUAGAAUAUGCAAAGACGUAAUUGAAUGCCUACCGGCCAACAAAGAGAAGCCAGCUGUGGUCAACUCCAUUAUAGUAUCCCUCGGCCUUUUAAAAUACCGCCACGAGCCAGCCCUCACAGCCAUCACAGGGUGGAUACAGACACACAUGCAAACAUGUCGGGCGGGGGAUAUAGCUUCCGCCGUUGUAACGUUAGCUACAGUGGAUUAUGUUCCGCCAAAUAGUGAGAUAUUAUUCAAAGCAGCAGAAUCACUAAAGGAAGAGGAGAUGGCCAAGUCGUCCGCGUGGCUGGAUCUCGUGUUCGCCCUGCUCACACUCGACAAGGCUCAGCCGCACCAACUGGUGUCGACGAUUCAGCCGGAAUUUAUCGACAAAUUGCUGUCGCUAGGCGAGAUAGUUAUCCCCUCCCGCCGCAAGCUCAUGGCCAUCGAUGCCUACCUCCACCUAACCUCCCCCUCCUCCCCUCGCCUCCCCUCAGACAUCUCCGUCGGCGUGCCCCUGGUUUACACAAAGGAAAAGACGUUAUACGUGCACUCCAUCAUGGACACAUUUAGAAGUCUGGUGUCCGCUGAUACAUUUAUGAAACGGGAGUGUAAUAGCGGCAUGGGAUUUCUGUACGACGCGGAAUUCGCGAUAGAUUCAAAAUGUCAUCCAGUACCAUUAGAAAAGGCAGCAAAUGACAAAAGCGUAUUCAGGAUAGCGGUGCUGGGCCUGGAUUACCACGACCUCACGAGAAAGGCGGCGGUGCCACUCGGUAUUUACCAGCUCUACACAAGGAUGUUACGACUUAAGGGCUUCAAAGUGCUACAGAUUCCAUACACGGAGUUCAACCCGCGCGAUAAACUGGUCACACGAGUGCAAUACAUCGAGAACCGACUGAAGGAGAUUAUUAGCGAUAAGUCCGCCUCAUAGAGCUGCGAACAGUGUAAAAACAGAGCUAAGUAUCUGUUUUGUUAGUAAAACAAAUUUUAUAUAUGAAAUGAAUCAUGUUUAAGGGCUUUGCACACAGGAUGCGUGUCGUAGAAUUGCGUGUGUGCGUUGUGUGCGGCCAAACAUGCAGGGACUCGCCGAGUGCCGAGCCGAUUAUUUCUAGGAAAAAAUAAUAAUUUUGGAAUGUAUGAAAUAAUCGGUUCUCUCGGCGAAUAGGGAUGUUGAUAUGAAUCGCGAAUAUAUAAAGCCUGACCAGGAAUAUAUGAUCACGCGCCAUAUUGCGGAAUUUCAUUGGAACUAAAUUUUUCAUACUAAACUGAACUGCCACAACACACAUGAGAAUAACAGCGCCCUCUUGACAAUGAUCAUAUAUUUCUGGUCGGGGUUUAAAAUGUUAUGUUUUUACCAUAGCAGGGAAUAUUAGAAUGCUGAACAUCAUAUUUUGUAAGUGUAAAUAUGCGUAAUAAAUUAAUUAAAAAUAUUUAAAAUAAUGCCCGGCAUCACGUGACUGCAAACGUAAAUCGGAACGCGUGACGUCACGGUGUGAGAAACACGCAAAGACAAGUUGUCAAACCUGGUGGUCCUCUGGCACUGACAGCAGUUUGUUUAUCACAUCGUUACGUCAACAAGAUCACGUGACAGCUUGGAGCGUUUUUGCGCUAAAUUAAAGCACUGAACUAAUUAAACUCGAUUUUUUUAUUUAUAAAUUAAUAAAUAAUUUUUUUUUUUGUAAUAAUUACGUGUCUAUCUAUAAAAUGAAAACAGUUUAAAAAAAUUGUCAACAUCCCUAUUCCUGCAUCCUUAAGUUAUAAAAUAUGGCACACCGCUUCCGUGACAUGUGCACGGCUCCAACAUUUUAGCGCACACGCACGUGCACGUCACACACACGCCACCAGUGUGCUCUGGCCUUUAGGGGCUGUGCAAAAGUUCUGCUACUUUGUGGUUAAAUCUGUAUUAAUAACACAUGACUUCGCGCUGAUAAACUGGAUGCUUUUUAACCCCUUGAAUGCCGAGAACCCCUAAAGUGGUCGUUACUAGUCGUGCCCGCAGCGCCAAGGACUACUAUAGGGGUUAUGGCGGACGCUGUCAAAGUAAUACAUGUCACUCAAGUAGAUUACAUUCGCUUGCUUGCGCCCGUUGUCAUGGCGUGAUAGUGACGUUUUUGUUUAUGACAUAAAGCGUUCAAAAGGUUAAACUCUGGUUUCCUAGGAUAGCGGUUCCGUCACAUAGCGGCCGUUUCCAUACAAAAUAC